CCCUCGUGUUCCUUCAAACGCUCCCCAAUAUUCUGCAGCUUCGAGUGGUGGGCUUCCUAUGUCAUUACCUCAACCUCGACCCAUGGGUGUUCAAAUGAUGCAAUCUAUUCGUCCACCACCACCUCCAAUGCAAAUGGCGCCUGGCCAACCACACAUGAUGAUGAAUCGACCAACCCAAAUGCCUCCAUCAAUGUCCAUGAAUGCUCCUGUGCCCCCUCCUCCGGGUUCUCAGUUUACCCCUGUGUCAGUUCCUAGACCCUUUGCCCCUCUUACCGUCCCACCACCUGCCAUGCCUAUGAUGCAGCCACCACCACUGUUGCCCCAAGGAAUGCCUCCACCGCCACCACCCACAGAAGCUCCUCCACCACUUCCUGAUGAACCCGAGCCAAAGAAACAGAAGCUUGAUGAUUUCAUGCUUGUUCCUGAAGAUCAGUUCCUUGCUCAACAUCCGGGACCUGCUCGUAUUACUGUAUCAGUACCAAACCUCGAUGAAGGGAAUCUCAAAGGACAACUUCUGGAGAUCACGGUGCAGGCCUUAUCCGAAACGGUUAGCAGUUUGAAGGAGAAAAUUUCAGGGGAGAUCCAGCUUCCUUCGAACAAACAGAAACUCAGUGGAAAAGCUGGGUUCCUGAAGGACAAUAUGACCCUUGCAUAUUACAACAUUGGAGCAGGAGAAACACUGGCUCUUUCAUUAAGGGAGCGUGGUGGGAGGAAAAGAUGAGAGGUUUCGAACCAGGCGAUUUUAAGGACAAUGUUGAACCUCUUCAAGAUGACUCGGAUUAUCGAUACUCUCCAUGUGCCUUAGGUAGAAGGAGUGAUUUUAACAUGUAUGGAAAUUUUGAUUUUAGUUGUGUAAUGGUGUCAACUUGGAUUGUAGUUCUUAAUUUGUUUUUAUUCAACCUCUUGUU